GUCAGUGCUGGGCAACAAACUUUGGGGCAAGAUCGCAAAGAAGCGAUAUGCCAAACCCUGAAACCCCAGACAGUGAAAGAGUUACGGACUUUUCUGGGGAUGACAGGGUGGUGCAGACUGUGGAUUUACAAUUAUGGGCUGCUCGUGAAAUCACUAUAUGAACUCAUUACAAAGGAAAGCAGAGCUCUCCAGUGGACAAAGGAGGCCACGCGGGCCUUCAGCCAGCUGAAGAAUGCCCUCAUGUCAGCUCCAGCUCUAGGACUUCCAGACAUGAGUAAGCCAUUCUUUCUAUUUUCCCAUGAGAAGCAAGGGAUCGCCCUGGGAAUACUAGCACAGGACCUGGGCCCAUACCGACGGGCAGUUGCCUAUUUCUCUAAGCAGCGAGAUGCAGCAGCCAAAGGAUGGCCUGGGUGCCUCAGAGCUGUUGCAGCAGUCGUGCUAAACAUCCAGGAAGCACGCAAAUUCACCUUGGGCCAGAGAAUGACUGUGCUGGUGUCCCACACGGUGUCCGCAGUGCUGGAAGUGAAAGGUGGGCACUGGCUCUCCCCACAAAGGUUCCUGAAAUAUCAAGCCAUCAUGGUAGAACAAGAUGAUGUAGAAAUAGUGGUAACUAACAUUGUCAACCCAGCUUCCUUUCUCAGUGGAAAUCAAGGGGAACCGGUACGCCAUGAUUGCCUAGAGACUAUCGAAGCCACCUACUCCAGCCGCCCAGAUCUAAAGGAUACCCCUUUAGACAACGCAGAGACCUAG